AUGCAAGAAUUGUGCAGUGCAUUAUUACUAAAAGUUUCAAAAACAAUGCCACCGGAAGAACCAGGAGGACCAUCACCACCAGUAACACUAGGAGGAAUUAUUAGGACAAAUGGUUCUGGAUUAUCUUUAAAAAUAUCGAUCUUUCUAAUCUUAAUAGCACGUCAAGAUGAUCAAGUAGAAAUAUUAGAAAUAUCAGAUACCAAUAAUACUAACGAAGAUUUUUACAAAGAAAGUUUAUUGGCUAUUAGUAAGAUUGGAGAUCCUAUUAUAGAUUCAUUAUUCUAUUCUUUGUGCAAAUUGAAAAAAACUGGAGUUAAAAGUGUAGCAAUGAAUUUGGUUAAUAAUAGUAUCUGA